AUGAUAGAUUUUAUAGACUACAUCCAGCUCUCCUUCUCCGAUGCCACUCGCUGGAACAGAGACAACUCCUACACUGCACUCACGGAUACCGCCAACGCUCUCCUCGACUUCUCAAUUCCUGAACGCCUCCGCGUCCACCUCUCAUCCCUCUCGACGCCUCAAUUCGCGACAACAUACACUUUGGGCACUGUAGGCCUUAUCGAUGGCUCAAUAUCAUACCUGUUUAGCACCUUGCCGCUGCAAACCACACAAAGCCGGAGUACUUUGAUCCCACUGCGCAAAUUGGUUCCCGGAUAUAGGCAGAUCCAUCCACCAUUGGCGCCAGAGAGUUGGGACUCGGACGGACCUGGACAUGAGGGAUCAGACGGCCAAGAGGACGAAACGACGCCAUGGAAACGGCGAAGAGAGACAUUACUUCACGCAAUACUACACCUGCCGCCUCCCACCACUUUAAAUGGCUUGUUCCUUCGGCGACUCUCACCCACAACCCAGCUCUCGGUGGCAGUAUGCUCGACGCAAGCGAAACCGUUAUCUAAGUCUACUCCCCAAGCGUCGAUCUUGACUCAGCUGUCGCAUGAUACCGGGAAAUAUAGUGCAGAGUUUUUGUUCAGCACCGACAAUGCAUUGCUGGGAUUCAAGGGGCUAUAUAACUUUGGACCCGACCCCAGGGAUAGGACAAAUGCGCAGCGUCCCCAGCGAGCAUCUCAGUCUGUCUCGUUGCUCUCUGCGGGCGGAGAGAUGUAUUACUCCCCACUAUCCUCUGUUGUAGGCUUAUCAACAGGUCUACGAUUUACUACGUUACCAGCAGCUUCGGAAACUCUGCAUUCGCCCUCUUCCUCCGCUUACCCCGCGCCAUCACCGAUCUCUACCUUUCCAUAUACCCUUACGCUUACGCUGACGCCAUUAACGGGGUCUUUAUCGACAACAUAUUCCCUUCUUGCAUCGCCGAAUUUGGCAUUUAGCUCGCGAUUCGGAUUCAACGUGUAUAGCUGGGAGAGCGAAAUGGUCGCUGGGUGCGAGUUAUGGCGACAGAAGCGGAAACCAUAUCCAUACGUGUCUGGCGAGAAAGAUGAUCUCGCCUGGGCGAAGAGGAAGAUGGGCCUACUACCCCCGCUUCCUGCACCACCUACCCCGGCUAAACGUAUGGAUUUGACUGCUGGUGCAGGAGAAUCGGUAGAGUCGGAUUCCGUGAUAAAGCUCCGAGUGGAUCAGUCUUUGAACAUUAGGUUACUGUGGGAGGGUAGAGUCAAGGAUCUCUUGGUCAGCGCAGGGGUAGGCCUGGGACCAACAUCCUUAUCGACUGGUGGCGCCGCAUACGGAUGGACUGGAGUUGGCGUGUCCGUGCUAUAUUCAACAUAA